AAGAAAACGGGAAAACGGACAAAGGCAAAGGAAUCGCCGUCAGUUUGACAACAACAUCUUCUGAAAACACUGGGAAUUGAGACCCCAAACUGAGAUUCCAAUUCCAUUGUCCGUUUUCUCUCUCUCUCUCUCUCUAAACAGUAGUUUUCCUCGUGACAUGACACCCCACCCCCCGAAAUUCACGACAUUUUUUCACAUACUCGAAUCAAUCCAUUAUUACUACUCCAUUAAGUACCCAUUAUUCCUCUCAAAUCUUGGCUUCUACUCUUGUGGCGUCCCGACGCUGUCAAAUAUAUAUGUAUUCAUACAUGGAUAGAAGUAUGCAUACGAGGAUUUUGAUGUCGUUCGGAAUUUGAGAACUCAAGGAAUACUCUGAUUGAGAGAUUGUAUAUUCAACAUGAUGACAUACGAGCAAGAUCCUGAUGUUGUUCGUUGGGGGCUUCAGCUUUUUGACGGUGAUCCUUAUUCUAAUUGUGGGUAUUGUGGUUCGAUCGGACAACAUAAUACAGACUGCUAUCCUGGCUAUUCCUUAAAAGGCUAUCAGUACGAUGCAGACUGCAGUUACCCAGGAAGCCAUGGCCUCAAUGUAAACUGUCUUCAAGAAGAACUAUCACAACUUUCAGUAGCUGAACCAAUCAAGUCUUUCCAAGAAGGGGCGGAACACCUACAACCUUCAUUUGUUUCUCAGGAUUGGUUUCCACACUCAUUGGCAAACUACAGUUAUGUUAUUGAUGGAAAUGAUAGUCUCCAUGAAGAAGAAACCGAGUUGGGACUUUCGGCUUCAUGUUCUAGCCCAGGAGAUGAGUCGUAUUCUGGGGAGGACUGGUCAUAUUCGCUAGAACUGAUGGAUGAGCAUGCUUUGGAUGGGGAAGUGGGCAAAAGGUUGAACCAGAUGGUUCCUAUCCCUCAUAUUCCAAAAAUUAAUGGUGAAAUACCCUCAGUAGAUGAAGCAACUUUAGACCAUCAAAGGCUUCUGGACAGAUUACAGGUGUACGAGCUGGUAGAAUUCAAGGUUCAAGGCGAUGGUAACUGCCAGUUUCGAGCUCUUUCGGACCAAUUUUAUCGCACUCCUGAGCACCACAAAUUUGUCCGACAACAAGUUGUAAAUCAGCUUAGGUCUUGCCCAGAGAUAUACGAGGGAUAUGUACCCAUGGCUUAUGAACACUAUCUGUCAAAGAUGUCCAAGAGUGGAGAGUGGGGAGAUCAUGUCACUUUGCAAGCGGCUGCUGAUUCCUAUGGUAUAAAAAUAUUUGUGAUAACGUCAUUUAAGGAUACUUGUUACAUUGAGAUUCUACCGAGUGUUCAAAAGUCCGAACGAGUUAUUUUCUUGAGCUUCUGGGCAGAGGUUCAUUACAACUCAAUAUAUCCGGAAGGAGAUUGUCCCACAUUUCGGACAAAGAAGAAGAAGAGGUGGCAGGCUGCCCAACACGAGCAUGUCGAAUUACCAGAUGAUUACAGUUGAUGAAAAUGGCCACAAACAUGGAUGCCAUCAGACAACAUGCAUCUCUGAUACCAAUCAUUUGCUCCUGCCGAUGCAACUAUAUCUGAUUCUUUCCGAACAAAAUAAAUCCUGAAACAUGAAAUUUUAAUUUCUUGUGCUUAUUCAACCCUGCAAUAUUUCUGCUUUGUAUGUUUAUUUGGAACUAUUGUCUGGAUCCGUGAAACUGACUCUUACAUUGCCUGGAUCCAUGAAAAGCUCUGUAGUGUUUUCUUGCGAUUGUCUUAACGGCCGUCUAGGAUAACUUGGUGCUGGAACUGGCUUAGUGUUUGCACUGACAGAGAUGGAAAAUUCCUCUUAACAGAUCAGACAGAUAUGAGGAGGACGUUAAUAGCUCAAUAUAAUUCCGACAGAGAAUGAGAUUGUCCCUUCCCCUUUUUAAGUACCACUGGUUGGCUUUAUCAUGUAAGAGAGAGAUGGCAAUGGAUUUGAAGUCGAUUACUUCUCCACUGUAUGAAUUCUUAUUGAUUCGGUAUUCUGCCUUCUAUUGUUGGAGGCCUGCAACAACCAAUGUCGUUUUUAUCGUUCCAAAUCUGUCUCUUUAUUUUGAUCGACGCCUACGGUUUCCUUUUUUAUUUGGCUAACGUUUACUUUUGAGGGCUAUCAUCCAAUGCUAUGACGGAUUUAAUAAUAAUAAAUUAUUUGAAUUUGAUUGUA